AUGUACAAUGACCAUCGCACCAAUCACCUGAGGAAACCCCCACCAGGCGCACAGCUUCCAACAAUCCCCAGCUCUCCGCAGCAAGCAUACGCGCCGUACUCACUCCAAGUCACGCCUCCGGUGUAUCAAGAAGCGAAUCGCCUCAAUAAUCCAUGGGAUAGUCAAACCUCUGGACCGUCUCAUUCAUACAUCACCCCCCGUCCUCGCGUACAAUCGAUGCAGCACCUAUACUCGAGCCGCCCGCAACCCCCACAACCUCCGUUUGACUCUGGAAGCCAACCGCGGAUCGCUUUCCCUGAGCCUCAAUUUUACCGCCCACCCUCUUAUCCUCCCAGUACUUUCGAAACACAACAAAGGCCCACGCACCACCAUAGUAGAAGUGAUCUCAGUCAUCCUUCAACAAGCAAUCUGAACGUCUUGCACCAUAAUCCUUCUGUCUCUUCAUUGGCAUCAUCCUACAAUGCGACUGGGUGGGGUUCUGGGUCUAACGAGGGAUUUGACGAUGACCCCGGAGAUCUCGUGAGGGGACUCUCUGACCUGUCGCUGCAAUCUGAAGAAGGAUUCGAAGAAGGAUUGCGUCGUUUUCAAGCAGGCGAAUUACCCGAAGUUGAUCAAGAGUGGCAUCGUUUGGUCCCAGAAGAAGCCAGGGAGGCGCUGGGGAAGCAAGAGGUCCAAAGACAAUCUGUUCUGUUCGAAGUCGUGAAAUCUGAGAGGGAAUAUGUUGCAGAUCUAGAAGCCGUGCAACAGGAAGGCAUCGCCGCCGAUUAUCAAGAACCCGCACUGACGGCGUUUAUCCAAGAAGUUUUCGGGAACCUCAAUGAAAUUCUCUCGCAUCAUAAUCGUAUUUUGGCUGCCUUAUUCGCGCGCCAACGCGACCAACAUCCUUUAAUUCAAUCCGUGGCGGAUCUACUACUGGAUACGACUUUAAAAUCCGAAUUCCGUUCCGCAUACGAGACAUACAUCAAGCACUAUCCGCUGGCCGAAUCACAUCAUCGAAAACAGCUCAAGCAAAACCGUGCAUAUGAGAUAUUCUGCCAAUCCACUUCUAAUGACCCUCGAAUAAGAAAACGUGACCUUAUCACGUUCCUCUCUCGACCUGUGACACGACUACCUAGACUUAAUCUCCUUCUCGAGCAAAUAUUAAAAUUAACAAACAAGGAAUACGACCACCCGGAUCUGGAGACACUUCCUAUAAUCACAGGCAUUUUGAAAGCCUGUAUCAAGAGCACACAACCUGGUAUAGAAGCUGCGGAAAGCAAAGUCAAAUUUUGGGCGCUUUGCGAAAGUCUAGUCUUCCAGAAGGGAGAGAUCAUCGACAUGGAUCUCUACGACGAUAGCCGAACACUGGUAUACACUGGCCCAGUGAUCAGGCGAGCCAAAUCGGACACUGGUUUCUCUGAGAAAUGGACGGAUCUCGUCGCCGCCCUUCUUGAUAACUAUUUGCUUCUCAUGAGGGAAGAGAAGAGGCCUAACGGUUCGAUUAAACGAUUACUGAUGUCACGACCAAUGCCACUGUCGUUCCUUCGACUAGGGUCCUUCGAUUCGCCACCAGACACACGAAAAGAAAAAUCCGAGGAGGGAAGACUCCUUGACAGUUUUCGAUACCAAAACGUGCCGAUAUACCCAUUCACGAUCUAUCACGCGGCAAGUCGAUCUACAAGACGAUAUACCCUCUACGUAACGAGUGAGACUUUGAGGAAGAAGUGGUAUAAUGCAUUCGUGGACGCUAUAGGAGUGCAUCGCGUGCGACAGGAGUCGAAUAUGUGGUUCAGUCCUCAAGUCCUGACCGAUGAUUUUUUCCGAAUAACCAAAACAGAGGCGCAACAUGGAGGAGUGUCGAAGGUGACCGGACGGAUCGUUUGUGCGGUACCCUUCAUGCAUGGCAGUCGGAGAUUUCUGGUUGUUGGCUGUGCCCCCGGAAUCUAUAUUGCUUCAGUAAACUCUGAACAGUAUCGAUGGGUACUCCAGCACAAGAAUCCGACGUCACUAUCUGCCCUGACCACACUCGGUACUAAGACCUUCAACCGCCUCAUCGUACACGCGGAUUCCAUGGUCAUGACCUAUUCGCUCGAUAUCCUCGCCCGAAUAGCAGUUGGAUCAUCUGCACGUCAAACCUUGGAGGCAUCACUGGAACGUAUCGGCGGAAGUGAUGCGAACAUUGUUUUCUGCAAACACAUUCAUCUUGGAGGCAGGGCUCUACUCGUUUGUGCAACGAAACGGAGAUUGAGCUCCUCGAUGACUCUGCAGGUUCUCGAAGCGGUUGACACGACAGAACAGGCCGUUUCACCGGCGAGGAGCAAGGCGUCAUCUGUGAUACGGAAUUUUAGAGGUUACGGCGAUCCAGGAUACGUGCCCAAAGAUGCGUAUGACAUUGUCGCGCUCGCGAAGACCAUAGGUAUCUGCACGAGUGGCGGGAUUGUAACCGCAGAUCCAACGAAUCUAGCAAAGUCCUCGGUGGCAGUUGUACCAGACCUCUCAGAGGCGAGCAAUAACGAACCCAUGGAAAACUUGAAAUCACACCUCGAAGGACAUAAGCCUCUGGGGUUCGUUCGAGUUGACCCCAACGAACUUCUUGUCGUCUACGAUGAGCUCGGCUGCUACAUCAACAAGCACGGCGUUCCCACUCGACGCUCGGGUUACAUCAAAUGGGAGACCAAAGCCUUCUCGUACGCCCAUCGCAACGGGCACGUCCUCCUCAUCUCGCCGGAAUUCAUCGAGGUCCGCAACAUCACCACCGGGCGUAUUGUCCAAGUCAUCGAGGGCCAGGAAAUUCGGCUACUUUACUCAGACCCUUACACCACCAAGGACGACCCAGUGCUCGUCGCGAUGCGCGGGAGCAAGGACGACAAGGACGGAGUGAGCGAGAAGAUUGUCGAGCUGAUGGAGACGGAGGAGAUCAGCGCUUUAUCGCCUAUAUCACCUACGACGAUGGUUUCGCCAUCGGUGUGGGACGAUUGGGAUAUGUAA